UGAAAGUGUCGUCACGUGACCGCCACCCAACUGAAGGUGCUCUCAUUCUCUUGUUCUUUUGUACAGGUUUUUGUUUUCCUUUGAACGGACGCAGACGAAACAACCACCUUUCAUAUGUAUAUUUCAUGAAAAGCGGCAACCAAUACCGGCGCGACUCUGCUUUUUCUGUGAGAGGCCGAGGGCUUGGUUGUUUCCUACAUCGCCAUUUUUAACCUCCAUUCUCGGUUAUCGUUGACAAUGGACACCGACUACACUUCUGGUUUGGAAAACCCUCUGUACAGCGAGCUGAAAUACUUCUGCAGAAAGAUCCAAGAGGCCUACAACGAGCUGAAGGAGGAUCUGACUCCUUACAAAGAUGAUCGCUUUUACAGGCUGGCACCCAUGCGGCUUUACAGCCUGUCCAAACGACACUUUGUGCUGGUCUUCGUAGUAUUCCUCAUCUGCUUCGGCCUCACAGUUUUCGUCGGUAUCGCAGGUCCUCGGAUUAUCAUUGAACAGGAGCAUAAUGGGGACCAAGUGAUAGGGAAAAAUGUCUCAACUAAGACUGGACCGUUCGAUCUAGUGUCUCCUCCUCUCACAACUUACAACCAGCAGCUAUGGCUCACUUGUGUGAUGCAGGCUGAAAACAGCAACAUGGGAGACUUCCUACAGCCCUUUGAGAUCAUCGUGGAUCUGAAGGGAGUGAUGCAGGAAGCCAGCAUGAUGUACAUCAACGUUUACCAGAAAUCCCGGAAACUGCACUGUGGGGCUAAAUGUGAUGAGAUCAUUGUGCUCCACCUGGGCUACAUGAACUACACUCAGUACCGGGCUGCCGUCAGUUUCAAAGGCCUGGAAAACAUGACAUAUGACAUCAAGGUCAAGUUUGUGUGGAAAACCUAUAAUCCCACCUUCUCACAAGUGGAAAUCUGGUUCCGCUUUGUCUUUGUGGUCCUGACUUUCAUGGUGACGUGUAUGUUUGCACAUUCUCUGAGGAAAUUUUCAAUGAGGGACUGGGGCAUAGAGCAAAAAUGGAUGUCUUUCCUGCUGCCACUGCUGCUGCUCUACAACGAUCCGUUUUUCCCGCUCUCUUUCCUGGUGAACAGCUGGUUUCCAGGCACGCUGGAUGCUUUCUUCCAGGCUCUGUUCCUGUGUUCUCUGUUGCUCUUCUGGCUCUGCGUCUACCAUGGCAUCAGGGUUCAGGGUGAAAGGAAAUGCUUGACCUUCUACCUGCCCAAGUUGAUCAUCGUAGGUCUGCUGUGGCUCUCAGCUGUCACAUUGGGUAUCUGGCAAACGGUUAACGAGCUGCGGGACCCCACAUAUCAGUACAAGGUGGACAUCGCAAACUUCCAGGGCAUGAAGAUCUUCUUCCUUAUCGUUGUUGUUCUCUACAUCCUCUACCUGAUGUUCCUGAUUCUCAGAGCGUGUUCCGAGCUCAAGAACAUGCCUUACUCAGAUCUGAGGCUCAAGUUCUUGACAGGGCUGACAUUUGUUGUUCUUGUCAUAAGCAUGAUUAUUCUCUACUUGAGGUUUGGUGCCAAGGCUCUUCAAGACAACUUUGUGGCUGCUCUGUCAACUCAUUACCAGAACUCAGCUGAGUUCUUAUCCUUCUAUGGGCUCCUCAACUUUUACUUGUACACAUUAGCCUUUGUGUAUUCCCCCUCCAAAAAUGCACUUUAUGAUGCACAGCUGAAGGAUAAUCCUGCUUUCUCUAUGCUGAAUGACUCGGAUGAUGAAGUCAUUUAUGGGAGUGAUUAUGAAGACAUGCCUUUACAAAACGGCCGGGCCAUCAAAGCCACCGCUCAGUACCACGAUGACAGCGACAGUGACUAAACCUGUGAUUUUUUUUUUUCCGCCUCCUGAAAACUACAAGAUUUCCUACGAAAAAAAAAAAAACCCACAAUCAUUCACGUGUGUGUACAUAGGGAGUAUUUCAAUGGGUAGUGUUUUGAAAGAUUUAUUGUAAGUGUACAUAAAUAUAUAUAUUUUUUAAAAAUCUACUGAAUGUACUGUAAUUUCCCUGAAGGUUUUUCCUCCUUGGUCUAUAGUAGGGCACAACUUAAAGUACAUGUGUACUGUAUACAUGUAAACUUGGCCUCAUGAAAUAAAAUGAGCCAGUUAUCAUGUGACUCGCACGAUCACAUAUUUGAGUUAAAUAUUAUUGAAAAGAAAUGAACAAUGGAAUAAUUGGAAAUGUUUCUAAUUUUUUAAGAAACUAUUUUUAAACACUGUUGUUUCAUGUAAAUGUUUUUCUCUCAGACCAUCUGUGUAAAUAAUGUUGGCUUUUGACAGACUGUCAUCAGAAGGUGUUAUUGUGAAAAUGCAGAGAGCUUUACCAGGACACAGUGCCACUAGUAUUGUUUCACUCCUGAUCACAUAUUCUCUCAGAAUACAGCUUUGUUUUUGCACUUUUAUGAAAAACAUUUAAUUUAUUGUGCGAGAAAGUGACAAUGUUUGACACUGUAUUAUCUGAUCAUUUUGUUGGUAUUUAAUGAAGUGUCUUUUUUAAUGACCUUACCUUCAUGUACUACUGAGCUAUUGAAACAUUUCUCACCGCUUUACCUUACAGCUCCUGUGCUAUUGGCCAUGUGCAUUUGCUUUUUGUAGAAAUUAUUUCUUUUGACUUUAAACUGAAGUUUGUGGAUGGAAACGUGCUUGUGUUGAAUCUUCACUCAGACUAACAUUUGAGCUGUGCCUUGUCAGAGAAUCAGUUGUCUUCUGAAACGGUUUCAGUCUUAAACUCGUAAAUACUGUUGAUCUAACAUGUACAUGUUUGAUUCUGUCGGUGAUGGUUCAUAGAGAAUGUUGUAAUUAUACACACAAAUGUUUUUUUUAUUGCUAACAGAAAAAACACGUGGAACUGUAAUUGUCAUAUUUAAAUGUAAAUAAAACUAAUGCACACA